AUGGCUUGCAUUCGAGCUCUGAUGCCUCGCCAGCGUCGAUACGCUGUCUUUUCGCACGUUCAACGACCCAAGGAUGCCCCUUCCCUCCGUCAGCGUAAGCCAAAGGGAAAGUUCUUCACCCCCAUUCCGGGUUUCGUGGUCAAAGCGUCGCUGCAACGCCCAUGGGCCGCUCCGCCAAGUGCCGUCGACGGCGGCUUCGGCGGCGGCACGGGCAAGGUUGUGGAAAACGCCGCGGUUGGCACCAAGACCGAUAGACCCGUCGACGUGACGAAGGAGGGUCGGAACGCGUCGGGACUGCGGAUUCCGAUGUUCGUGAGCCGCGUGAGGGAGACCACUGACCACAGCGACGAGAGAGCGCUCGCCGUGGACGUGGUUUUUCACCCGUGGGUGCUUCGCUGCAGCAAGCGGGAGCCUCGAUUCCGGGAUCAGGUGCGAAUUUGGCUCAGGGCUGGCUCGCCUCGCUCGCCAUCGUUGUGCGUCGUCGUGGCACUUGCGGCAGGCUGGAUAACCAAGGAACACCCCGGCUUGGUGGUCUCCCAGCGGCGGAAGCUACUCAAGCUCUGCACCUACAAGGGCGGAGGCGGAGCCAAAGGGGGAACGCCGGUCCCGUUUCCCGCGGGCGACGCCUCCUCACAAGCCGACCCCCUGGAAGAACGGACGCGCGGGAGUGGCGGUGGAACAGCUGCCGGAGUUGGCGGCGGCAGCGGCGCAGGCGGCGGUGGGCUUCUCGAUGACCCGAAGUCCCUCCUGGCGGCCAUCAGGAGCUCCGAGCCCGAUGGCGAGACCGGGGAUGGCGGAAAUGGCCACAACAAAGAAGGAAAUCAGGAGGCGGCGACAGCGUCAGCCGUUGAGGGAGGCCCGACAGGACGAGAAGAGGGAGCUGGAAUACCGGGGGCACUCGGUCUCGACGUCGACGGCGGCUACAGGAAAGGAGUCGGAAACGGGGACGCCUUGGCCACGCGCGACAUCUUACUCCCCGGAGCGCUCGCGGGAUUAGCGUCCGACAGCGGCGACAGAAAAAGGAGAGAAAACAGACUGAAUGAGGGUCGCCGCGGCCCUCUAAUUUCGGAAAUCGUUCCUGACACCUCGACGCCAGCACCUGCCGGGGAUGAAGGAGAGGCUCUGAGCCACGUUAGUGAUAAUUCGAAGGUGUUCGAUGGAUGUCCGGGUCAGGAGCCGGGUGCGAAGCGGAAGGUUGGCGGAAAAUCGGCGCCCGUAGUGAAGAAGGGCUUCCUGUCGUCGUCGAAGGUAGGGGGGGGAAAGGGGCGGGAGAGGGCGCCGCUUUACCCGCCCGGUGGGUCCGAGAACGGAGCCGAGCCGUCGGCCUACGCGAAGCUCAUGAGCCGCUGCAAGGUGGUGGACACCAGAGACCACAGCAAAGAGGAGGUGGAUGCGGCGAUGAAGGCCCACGCUGGCGGUGGUGCACCGCUUCGGCCUGCUUCGCAGACCCCCGAAUCGAAGCCUUCCCCUACACCUACCGCCGGGUGCGCCAGACGCAAGCCGGCGGCAUCUGCGGCCGUGAAGAAGAGGUUUCACGGAGCGGGCAAUGGCCGUGGUGAGGUCAAGGGCGAGGAGGGGGGAGGGAGGGGUAAUCCACGCGGUCGAUCAAGCAAGGUGGAUCGUGAAUACGAGCGUCUUGUGGCGCUCGCCGAUCCCGAGAUGGGCGACGGUGCAGGUGGCAAGUCAUCGCACGGUGGAGAAGAUGACCCCAUGACGGAGCAGCUCGCACAGCUAGCCAAGAUCCUCGGGCCCGCGGCACCUUUGCCAGAAACGCCCCUCGGCCCUGGAUGCGCUACUGCUUCCUCCUUCUCUUCGUCAACUCGGCCGUCAUCAUCGGUGGCCGUACCACAGGCGUCCAACCUGGCGGUAGACGCCACCGGGGAUACGUCGCCGCCCUCCUGCAGCGCUAAGCAGUCAGAGGGAGGGGUUAAUGGCGGCGCCGAUGGUUCUCGUGUAGCUAGAAUCAAGCUUCCUACGUCAGCCCCCAAUCAGGGUUCAGAGGAGGGGUGUCAAGCAACACUCGCAAGGGAGGCGGUAGCGGUAGCACCGGUGACGACGGCACCUACGACGGAGAUGGAGGGGCAACCACCUCUACCGGCACCAGCCCCCACAAAUACAGUUUCCCGGACCGGUGCCGAGGAUGCCGAGGGCUCCCGCUCGUGCCGCCACACCCAACCGCUCUCGCAGGAGGCAUCGCCUCCUGCUGUCUCUGCCGCUGCACGAAAGGAACGCGAGCCGGUAUACCGGAUCGAAGAGCUGGUUUCACGAACGUCGGAAGACGCACGUUCAGGGUCAGACAAUGACGGUGAAGGGCGCAAAGCGAAGCGGGCCUUCCAGGUAACCAUCGACCUGCCGGAGAUGAAGGAGUCCGCGGGAUCGAAACAGGGACAACAGGCGGGGGGCACUACAAGCACCCGGAGCAGCGGAACGGCGGGAAAGAGGACGGGACCGUCCUUGUCGGAUGUAGAGCUUGAUGUUUCGCCGGCCUUCCUCCAGCUAAAUGUUCCGGGGAAGUAUCAGCUCCGGCUGGAGAUGCCGUGCGUUGUGGAUGAAGACAGCGCGACCGCCAAGUUUAGCAAGUCGCAGGCGGUGUUGAAAGUUUCGAUCAGAGAAAAGUAA